AUGGAACAGAUGAUUCUAGCGCUAGCUUUCGCCACCUUGAAGCUAAGGACGUAUUUCCAAGCCCGUCGGAUCGGCGUGCUCACAAAAUCACCUAUUGAGGCGGUACUGGACAAUGCAGGACGGUCUGGAAGGAUCUCCAAAUGGGGGGCGCAAAUUAAACAGUUCAAUGUUUUCUACGAAAUGAGGACAGCAGUGAAGGCACAAGUAGUGGUAGAUUUCUUGACAGAUUUUCCACUAAGCGACGAAGAUGAGGUCGAGGACAUACCCGGAAUAGAAGAAUAUCAAGAAGACCUGGCCGAAUUACUCGAAGCAAGUAGACCAUUACGUUGGGAAGUAUUCGUCGAUGGAGUGUCGACCAAAGAUGGACCGGGACUUGGGAUAGUCUUUACCACACCAAAGGGACGAAAAAUGGUCCAUUCGUUUAGAUUGGAAUUUAAGGCGACAAACAACGUCACCGAGUACGAAGCUGCGAUUCACGCCCUGAGAUUAAUCGUCGAGAUGGGCCUACAAUAUGUAAGACUAACUAGCGACUCGCAUUUGGUGAUCUGGAAAAUCACAGACAAAUACGCCAUCCAAGAACCGAUUUUGCAGAAGUACUGGGAGCUCUCCCAAUUCUAUAUCGACCAGAUCCCCGGCAUCAAAUUUCGCCACAUAUGCAGAAAAGAUAAUCGAUACUCGGACGCAUUGGCAUAUAUUGCAUCCCAACUCACAGACCCAAGUGUGGAGGGUAUUCGUUUCAUGAGACUCCUCGCUCCAUCUAUACCAGAGACACCCGAGGUGCACGUCGACGUGGCUAUCAACACGGCCGACAGAUAUCCGGACGGAGAUUGGAGAAAGCCGAUUCAUUCGUACUUGGAGACAAGCGAGUUACCCAAGGGACGACCCGAGAUCAACAAAGUGAAAAGCAAAUCGGCCGCUUACGAGCUAAGAGACGGAAUCCUAUACAGGAAAUCAUACCUGGGACCACUCUUAAGAUUCUUAAGUAAGGAAGAAGGCCAGACAAUCUUGAAUGAACUACAGUAUGGAGCAUCCAUAAAUCACAGAUCGGGACGAAGUCUGUCAGCGAGAGCGGAAACGAUGGGAUACUUCUGCCCGUAUAUGAACGAAGAUGCAAAACAAAUUGCGCAAGCUUGCGAAGAAUGCCAUCGGUUUGGUAAGAAUAUACAUGCACCUUCAGUGCGUAACAUAAAUAACAAGAUAAGGCUGAAAUUGUCAAGAGAAUUGUCAACACAAUGGAAAAGGCGGAAUUUUCAAGGAAAAUAG